CGUGUCAGAUACUCGGCUUCUCACGUGGCCAGUCUGUAUCACAAAGACUUCGGCGCAAGCUAUGAUCAAAGUUUAUUCUUCUGAUGAUUUGCCUGAGUCAAAGAAGACGUGGAGAAACUAUGGAGAUUAAAAUCACACGCUCCCAAGUGUCACCAACUUGGGAUUUGAUAAAGAAUGGUUUUUUUUGUGGGCCUAUGAACUGAGCUGUAAGCCAGGAAAAUGUAGCGAAGCAAAGAAAGUAAACAUCAUCGUCCAAGCAUAGGCAUUUGGAGUGCACGUCUUUGAUCGUGGUGGUCGGUGCUUUGAUCGAUCUUAGGGUACAAAAGUUUGCAGUGUGAAGUACAAGAUCUCCAAAUGUUUCCUCGCGAGGACCAAUGCUUUAGAGAGAGGAUAUCUUGAUCGGAUUCGAGGGAGCCAUGAUUCCACUCAUUAUAGGACUGCUGGUAUGGAUGUUCUUGGGCGGUCAAAUUGCCCAGUCUAGGGAAUUGCUGCCAGGGGAUUCGACUGGAAUCAGGCUUAGAAUCGUCCACCGAUCGUCGGAAGAGUCUCCACACUGGAAGCCGGAGUACCGCGAUCGGAUCCAGCUGCUAGACGAGCUCAUGGCGAUGGAUCGAGGGAGAAUUGCGGCGUUUGGGAGAGUUCUCCAAGAAGCCGCGCAGAAGAAUUCGACCAAUUCGACGCUCCCACGAGAAUCCACUGCCAUGAUCCAGGAUUUUCAAGGAGAAGAUCCCGCGCUCUUCUCGCGUCUCGUCUCUGGGAGCUCGAUUGGAUCCGGGCAGUACUUCGUGGAGCUCCGGGUCGGCACUCCAGCGAAGAAAUUCCCUCUGAUCAUCGAUACCGGCAGCGAUCUCACAUGGAUCCAGUGCAAUCCCCCCAACACCACCGCGAAUUCAUCGUCUCCACCUGCUCCAUGGUAUGACAAAUCGUCCUCUUCUUCCUACAGAGAAAUCCCUUGCACGGACGACGAAUGCCUGUUCCUCCCAGCUCCAAUUGGAUCCAGCUGCUCGAUCAAGAGCCCCAGUCCUUGCGACUACACCUAUGGCUACAGCGAUCAGUCCCGGACGACGGGAAUCCUGGCCUACGAGACGAUCUCCAUGAAAUCGCGCAAGAGAUCCGGCAAAAGAGCUGGCAAUCACAAGACCAGGACGAUCCGGAUAAAGAAUGUGGCGCUUGGAUGCAGCCGCGAGAGCGUGGGCGCGAGCUUCUUGGGCGCUUCCGGUGUUCUUGGAUUAGGGCAGGGGCCCAUCUCCCUGGCCACGCAAACGCGCCACACCGCACUCGGUGGAAUAUUCUCCUAUUGUCUGGUGGACUACCUCCGUGGCUCAAACGCCAGCAGCUUUCUCGUCAUGGGCCGUACGCGCUGGCGCAAACUGGCCCAUACGCCAAUCGUACGGAACCCGGCCGCCCAAAGCUUCUACUACGUCAACGUGACGGGCGUGGCCGUGGAUGGGAAGCCAGUGGACGGCAUCGCGAGCAGCGACUGGGGAAUCGACGGUGAUGGGAACAAGGGGACUAUCUUUGAUUCUGGGACAACUUUGAGCUACUUGAGAGAGCCGGCCUACUCCAAAGUUUUGGGAGCUCUAAAUGCAUCGAUCUAUCUCCCCAGGGCCCAGGAAAUCCCGGAAGGAUUCGAGCUGUGCUACAAUGUGACGAGGAUGGAGAAGGGGAUGCCAAAGUUGGGAGUGGAGUUCCAGGGUGGUGCUGUGAUGGAGCUGCCUUGGAAUAACUACAUGGUGCUUGUGGCAGAGAAUGUCCAAUGCGUGGCCCUCCAAAAGGUGACGACUACAAAUGGAUCAAACAUUCUCGGGAAUUUGCUCCAGCAGGAUCAUCAUAUUGAGUAUGAUCUUGCAAAAGCUAGGAUUGGGUUCAAGUGGUCGCCUUGUCAUUAAUAUACUUUGAUUGCAUGUAUCAGUAAAGUACAUUAGAGCUUUUGAUGAUAUGAAAACAAGUUAAAGCUUUUGUAAAAAGAAUAAAAAUUAAC